AUAGAUUUCAAUAGAUUUGUUGUGACUGGUCCUGCGGGGAGUGCUUGAAUAACUCUGGUCUGCCACAAAAUCAACUGUGUGUCCAACCUGACAUCAUUUUCUGCAUUUUGUCUUAUCAUAGUUUGAAGACAGAUCAAGAUCAAUUGUGGCAACUGAAACCGUGGUUCGUGUGUGUCAGGAAGCAAGGAAGGAUAUUGAUACUUUAUAUAACUGAAGGUAGCAGAAGCUGAAAUUGUGACACUUCAAGAUCAAGAUGAAUGUGGGCACUUUGUUUCUGAUCAUAUGUUUUGCCCAAGCAUGCUCAGUGCUGGGGAAGAAAGACUAUUACAAAGUCUUGGGAGUCAGCAAAAGUGCAUCAGAAAAGGAGAUCAAGAAGGCCUUCAGAAAACUUGCUCUGAAGUAUCAUCCAGAUAAGAACAAGGAGGAAGGGGCAAGUGAAAAAUUCAGGGAAAUAUCAGAAUCUUAUGAAGUGCUUUCAGAUCCAAAGAAGAGAAAACAAUAUGAUAAUGAAGGAGAGUAUCACUUCUCUGAGGGACCUGGAGGUGAAGGGCAUGCACAUUUCUUUGACCUUGAUGAUAUCAUGAAGAUGUUUGAUGAUGAUAUCAUGUCAGGCUUUGGUCACAGUUUUGGAGGCUUUGGACAUGGUGGAAGUCAGCGAAAUCAUGCCCAUCAUAAUCAGCAGCAUCAUGGGUCAAAUGGCAGGAGAGGAUUUGGAGGCCAUCAAAGAAUGAAUGCUUUUGACUUUGAUGAUAUUUUUGCUGACAACUUUGGCCAAGGAAACUUCUUCAUGCAUGGUGGACCAGAUCCAUUUGCUUCUGGUGAUAGCUUCUUUGGUUCUCAUGCAAGUGCUUUUUCUCAUGGAGGAAAAAGUGGUCAUGCAAGAGCAUCUAGCUAUGCAAGUGGCAACAGGCACCAAAGCUGUAGAACUGUUACCAAAAGGGAGGGAAACAUGGUGUCAAGUCACACAAUUUGUUCAUAGAAAGUGUAUUGAUGCCACUGUAUGAUCUUGUGCCAGGAAGCUUGAAUCUAUAUUAUAAUCCCUGUCUGUUAGGAGACUGACUGGGUCUAUGGUCUGUGAUAUGUUGUUUGAUCAUGAUCAGCCUGUAUACAAAAUUAUGCAACACUUGCAUAGCAAUAGGUCUAUCUUGUGGAUGAAUAUCUUUGACUUUUGGCUUAAUAUAUACCUGUAGACUGUAGUCUUGCAAUUUUCUUUACUUUUUCCUGAAAGAUGAUAAGCAUGUAAAAUUCAGCAGCUGAAUAUCAUUUAUUACAAUAAUAAAGUGAGUGACCACAGUGCAAUCGCCAAUCA